AUGCAGCCCAUCAAGCUCUACACCUGGAGCACGCCAAACGGCUUCAAGGUCCACACGCUCUGCGAGGAGCUCAAGAACGACUACCCGGACUUCAAGUACGAAGUCGUGCCCGUCGACAUUGGCAAGAACACGCAAAAGGAAGACUGGUUCCUCAAGAUCAACCCAAAUGGUCGUAUCCCUGCCAUUGUCGAUCCCAACCAGGGCGACUUUGCCGUCUUUGAGACAGCUGCCAUUCUCCUCUGGCUCGAAAAGUACUACGACAAGGACCACAAGUACUCGUGGCCCUCGACAGACACCAACGCCGACAAGUACCGCUCCGAGGUCCUUCAGUGGAUCUUUUUCGUCCACGGCGGCGUCGGCCCCAUGCAGGGCCAGCUCAACCACUUCCGCAUGCAGGCCGUGGGAGACAGCAAGAACGUGGUCCCCUACGCCUACACCCGCUACCUAAACGAGACCAAGAGGCUCUACGACGUGCUCGAGCUGAGGCUCAAGGACCGCGACUGGCUCGUCGGCGAAGGCCGCGGCAAGUACUCGAUCGCAGACAUGAACGCAUUCGGAUGGGUGGCCAUCCACGGUUUCUCUGGUAUUCCCAGGAGCGAGUUGCCGCCAGGCGUUAAGCGCUGGGUGGACAACAACUGGGCUCGACCCGCCGUCAAGAAGGCGGUGCAGCUGCCGCAGCAGUCCGGCUUCAUGAAAAACAUCAUGGAAGACCCCGAGUGGGUGGCGGACAGGCCUCAGCUCUAA